CCCAGUAACAGAGAUACCCCAGAGAGAUGUCCCCGUCCUCUGUAUUCCCAGGAUUGUACAGAGGAGAAUCACAGGAUCCCACAGGAGGAUCAGGUAGAAUGUCUGUCUGAUAUUAAGGCAGAAGAUACAGAGGGAGAAGAAGAGACGUAUGUGACUGAUAUAAAGGCAGAAGAUAUAGAGGAAGAAGAAGAGACGUAUGUGACUGAUAUAAAGGCAGAAGAUAUAGAGGGAGAAGAAGAGACGUAUGUGACUACUAUAAAGGCAGAAGAUAUAGAGGGAGAAGAAGAGAUGUAUGUGACUGAAAUAAAGACAGAAGAUUUAGAAGGGGAAAAAGAGACGUAUGUGACUGAUAUAAAGACAGAAGAUAUAGCGGGAGAAGAAGAGACGUAUGUGAGGGGUGAUCAGCAGUGUAAGGAGGAGGAAAUCCCUACAGAUAUCAGCAUAGCAGAUGGACACACAAGCAGGAAUAUCUCAGAAGGACAUCUAAUGUUAUCCCCGGAUUGUGACAUAAAAGAUAAUGACAGUAUACAGGAUUCUCCAGGAGAUAACCCCAUUACCCGAAUUAUACAUCCAGCUCUAUCAGCUGAUCCCCCUGAUCCUGGGAAAUGUUCUCCUAAUCACUCUGAAAUUGGUGCAUCUGUUACAGCUCUGACAGUAGAUAUAGAGUUUCCCUGUUCUAUAGAUGCAAAAUGUAUUACACAGAACACAAAGCCUAUUACCCAUCAGCCAGCUAAGGCAGGCGAGAGGCCAUUUCCAUGUUCUGAGUGUGGGAACUGUUUUGCAUACAAAUCACAUCUUGUUGUACAUCAGAGAAGUCACACAGGUGAGAGGCCAUAUUCCUGUUCUGAGUGUGGGAAAUGUUUCGCACACACAUCAUCUCUUGUUACACAUCAGAGAAGUCACACAGGUGAGAAGCCAUAUUCCUGUUCUGAGUGUGGGAAAUGUUUCUCACAGACAUCAGCUCUUGUUACACAUCAGAGAAGUCACACAGGUGAGAAGCCAUAUUCCUGUUCUGAGUGUGGGAAAUGUUUCGCACACACAUCAGGUCUUGUUACACAUCAGAGAAGUCACACAGGUGAGAAGCCAUAUUCCUGUUCUGAGUGUGGGAAAUGUUUCUCACAGACAUCAGCUCUUGUUACACAUCAGAGAAGUCACACAGGUGAGAAGCCAUAUUCCUGUUCUGAAUGUGGGAAAUGUUUCGCACAGACAUCAGCUCUUGUUACACAUCAGAGAAGUCACACAGGUGAGAAGCCGUACUCCUGUUCUGAGUGUGGGAAAUGUUUUGCAUACAAAUCACUUUUAGUUUUUCAUCAGCGUGCUCACACAGGUGAGAGGCCAUUUUCCUGUUCUGAUUGUGGGAAAUGUUUUGCAUCGAAAUCAGAUCUUGUUCCACAUCAGAGAAGUCACACAGGUGAGAAGCCGUAUUCCUGUUCUGAGUGUGGUCAAUGUUUUGCACAGAAAUCACAUCUUGUUAGACAUGAGAGAAGACACACAGGUGAGAAGUCAUUUUCCUGUUCCGAGUGUGGGAAAUGUUUUGCACAGAAAUCAGAUCUUGUUCCACAUCAGAGAAGUCACACAGGUGAGAAGCCGUAUUCCUGUUCUGAGUGUGGGAAAUGUUUUGUACGGAAAUCAUAUCUUGUUACACAUCAGAGAAGUCACACAGGUGAGAAGCCGUAUUCCUGUUCUGAGUGUGGGAAAUGUUUUGUACGGAAAUCAUAUCUUGUUACACAUCAGAGAAGUCACACAGGUGAGAAGCCGUAUUCCUGUUCUGAGUGUGGAAAAUGUUUUGCGGGACGCCAUCAUGUCCACCUACAUGAGAGAAGUCACACAGGAGAGAAGCCAUUUCCAUGUUCUGAGUGUGGAAAAUGUUUUAUACAAAAAUCAGCUCUUGUUAUACAUGAGAGAAGUCACACAGGUGAGAAACCAUUUCCAUGUUCCGAGUGUGGGAAAUGUUUUACACUGAAUUCACAUCUUCUUAGACAUGUGAAAAUCCAUACAGGUGAUAGGCCAUUUCCAUGUUCUGAGUGUGGGAAAUGUUUUAUAGAUAAGUCACAUCUUGUUAGACAUGAGAGAAGAAGUCAUACAGGUGAGAAACCAUUUCCAUGUUCUGAGUGUGGGAAAUGUUUUCUAGAGAAAUCACAUCUUGUUAUGCAUGAGAGAAAACACACCGGUGAGAAACCAUUUCAAUGUUCUGAGUGUGGGAAAUGUUUUGUACAGAAAUCAUAUCUUGUUACACAUCACAGAAGUCACACAGGUGAGAAGCCAUUUCCAUGUUCUGAGUGUGGUAAAUGUUUUAUACAUAAGUCACAAUUUGUUAGACAUGAGAUAAGUCAUACAGGUGAAGAACCAUUUCCAUGUUCUGAGUGUGGGAAAUGUUUUAUAGUUAAGUCACAACUUAUUAGACAUGAGAGACAUCACACAGGUGAGAAGCCAUUUCCAUGUUCUGAGUGUGGGAAAUGUUUUGUACAGAAAUCAGAACUUGUUACUCAUGGGAGAAUACACACAGGUGAGAAACCAUUUCCAUGUUCUGAGUGUGGGAAAUGUUUUAUACAAAAAUCAAAUCUUGUUCGACAUGAGAGAAGUCACACCUACAAAGGGCAAGGCUUCAGCGUUACCAUCCAACAUGGGGGAAGCUUUCUCUCUGACCUCUCAUUACACAACGUAUCCUGAUCCCGGCUCUAUGUGACCUCUCACAUCUAUCACUUGUGUCACAUUACAUCUCAUAC